AUGGCACCAAUGAGAGAGCAAUCAGAGCAAUACAUGAACCAAUUGGUUCGAAGGAAUGUUAUGUUGAACGGUCUGAUAUUGGUGAAAAAGGAUGGGAACGACAAUGUUAGUGGAGAUGGAUACGUCAGUGAUAAUGGGAAUAGAGACGGAAGCGCCACAGAUAAUGGAGGUGGAAGCGACAAUGAUAAUGGGAAUAGAGAUGGAAACAGCAAUGACAAUGGGAAUAGAGAUAGCUCAACAAUUCCAAUAGUCACAAGAACUGCGUGGACCCAAAUAACGGAUACUGCUUGGACUACACAAACAGCAACUGCCUGGACCACAGAAACUACGAUCACUACUUCGUCAAGUAUAAUGACUGUCGUUGUUGUCGCCACCCCAAGUUCUACAUCGACAUCAGAAUCUUCUCCAUCAACUUCUAUAUCCAUCACGUCUGUUGUACCAUCAGUUCCAACAGGCUCAUCAACGGCAUUUAGCAUGCCGAGCUCAGGGCAGCCAGGAAGGAAAGGAUUAUGUACCAUUUCCAAUGGAGCUCCAUGCGAUUUUGCUGCGGCUACCACGUCUACUUUUAGUGCCUUUGCGGCCAUCAGCGCAAGUGCUGCACCGACUCCUUUUGAAGAUGACGCUUCACCACUUCCUUCAGGGAUACCAUCUCAACCUCAGAGCGGAAGUGACCACGAUGAUGGUGAUUUAGGUCCUCUAGCAGAGAAGCUUUUGAUAAGUGCCGGUUCAAUAGGAAUAUUCGUCAUCCUUGGAGCUAUUAUAUAUCUCGUCAUGAGAAUGAAGAAAAUAAAUCGGCUAGCAAGGGGAGAGAUAUCAGAAGAAGAAGCUCGUUGGUAUGGAUGGAGAAGAAACAGAGAUGGCUCCGGUCGCCCUCCCAGUUAUGUUAGCGGCAAACUUUCUCAAAAUGGGUAUCCUAUUGAUGAAAAAUACGCUGAAAGGGAAAUGGCUGGCUACAGUACUCCCGACAACAAAGUAUCUCUCGGACGUCCAGGAUCUGCAACUGUAAAUUUAAGAGAGUUACGUACAGAUCUCCAAAGACAAAACUCAACCAGGAGCAACCAGUCACCGUCGGGCAUGUCUCCUAAUUCAGCUGCCGGUGCAGGUCAAUCAUAUGGGUUUCCAAGCAAUGCAGACUUCUAUUAUUCUCAAAUGGGAACUAUUAGAUCUCAAAAUUCAGGACUAUCUUCAAAUGCUUAUGACCCUUCUCAAAAAGAAGCUAAUCAUAUCAGCUACUUAUCCUCAAUAUCUUCAGGAUUUGGCGAUUCACUUGUAAUGCCUGAUGACAGUGCUCCUCCUCAAAUUCCAGUCUCCCGAUUUUCUUGGACGACCGCAUCCCAAGGUGCGCCACAGAAUCGAGAUACCAUAUAUACAACAACGUCGGAGGAGACAGCUCCACGAUUUCGUACUGUCAAGUCAUGGGUAGCUCAACAAACGGGACGGAUGGAAAGGAAACAAAGUAACAUGGAAGUGCCAGCAAUGCCAGAAAUUCCUAUUUCAUAUACCCACCGGUCACAAGUUCCUGAUCCUUUAUUCGCUGAGGCACAUCGACGGAAAGCGAGUGAGAAUCCGGCUUUUAGACAUCACCCCGGUGAUGAAAUUGAAUUUGGAAGAGGCUCACGUGUUCCGAGUUCAAUUCUGGAUAGAAGUGUUGGGUUUUAA